GCAAUGAUGUGCGAUUUCCGGGCCUCGGCAAUUCCUAUUUAUUCAAAUAUCAUGAUGAUCUAACCUAGAUUAUUUCGAUCUCACACUGCCUCACAUAAAAUAUAGUAAGACACCAAAAUGAGCGACUUUACACAAUAUGGAAACCCAAGCAAAGAGUGGCUGGCUUACGCCUCGACGCUCCCGGCACCUCCGGCCGGCCUCACCAUGGCGCAACGUAAGGAUCUCAUGAACAAUGAGCGUGAAGGGAUCGCCGCGAAAGGGCUGGAACUUUGGAAAGCCAAAGUGGAGCUCAAGGAUCAUUCAAUAUCUACGCGCGGCGGAUCCCAUAUAGAGGCACGAAGCUACCGUCCAACAAAUGUGGAUACUGACAAGAUCCUGCCCGCCUAUAUCCAUCUGCACGGCGGUGGCUUCUUCUUCGGCACGCUAAGCUCUGAGGAUGCGGUCUGCGCCCGGAUCGCCACUAAUGCUCAGGUCGUGGUGUUGAACGUAAAUUACCGACACACGCCAGAGCAUGUCUAUCCUGCAGCCUGGGACGAUACUGCCGAUGCCUUUGAGUGGCUGCAUGACAACGUCGGCCUUCUGAAGGUCGACCCGAACCAGGUAGUCAUGGGUGGUAUCUCGGCUGGCGCGCAGUUGACAGCUUCCUUUGCCUUGCAACAACACCUUGGCAAGGCGUCGGCUUCGAGGCCCAAGCUGGCCGGGCAGGUAUUGAUGAUUCCGUGUCUUGUCAACCCAGACUGUUACGAGCCGCAGCUCAAGAAGCUAAGUGACCCUUCGAAGUCAUCAUAUGAGCAGAACAAGGACGCUGCAAUUCUGCCGAUGUCUGUGGCUCGAUUCUUUACGGAUAGCCUAAAGAUUGAAAAGCCACAAAUUGAUGACCUGAAGGUGAAUCCGGGCAAUGCCUCGGCAGACGACGUCAAAGGUCUUCCGCCAACCGUAUUUGGCAUUGCUGGCUGGGAUAUCCUGCGAGACGAGGGCUUGCUUUGGGCCAAGCUGCUCACAGAGGUCGGUGUUGCAACCGAUGUCCAUCUAUUUCCGGGACUACCUCAUGGUUUCCGACGGGCGGGAGAUAAGGUGGCUGAUUCGGAGAGGUGGGACCAAGUCAUGGAGAAAGGGAUCAUUUGGGCAUUAUCAAAGCCUGUCGCCACUAAAAAGCUCCAAAUUAAGACGGAACAAGUGUUUUGAGAAGUCAAUCAUCCAAAUGGUUUUUAAUAUUUACAUAUGAUAUAUACACAAAGAAUCGAAGCUA